AUGCAACAUUUCGACCGGAAAGCGUGGCCGGCCAUCCCAUCCCUCGGAGGGACAGACAAUCCUAUGGGUUCCUCACAUCGCGGCUCUUCUAGUGAAUUGGAUGAGUCCCAAAGGCUGAAGGUGGUUCUCUCGCUAUUGUUCCCCCCAACGGUCCGCAUCCAACAUACACGGCGACUUCCCAGUCAUAUCCACCCUUUACGGCUGCUCAGACUGUCGAAUGGGGCCUGUUUGUUGCUGAAGAGCUCCCCGUCAUCACAUACUGCUCUUCUUCGAUGGGAGCGAUCCUUUCUCGAAACUGAAGCUCGGUUCCUGGCUCUCCUGGGCCAUAGUGCCAAUCCAUGCAUUCCGCAACUCUAUCACUAUGAUCCUCACGGGGGAAUUCUAGGGUCUGCGUAUCUCCUCCGCCAAUAUGUGACGGGAGUCAGCCUGCUCGAGAUGGAAACAAGGCUCUCCGUGGAGCAACGAAAGGGGAUUGAUCGUCAUCUGGGAUUUCUAGUCCGCGCCAUUGGGCAACAUGUUUCCCGUGGCUUUGGAUCUCUGCAACAGGUGGCACGCGGGGCCGGCAAGCGUUCCUGGCGGGAGGCAUUUUGUAUUCUAUUUGAAGGCGUUCUCCGCGACGCCGAGGAUAUGUUCAUCCAUCUCCCUUAUUCCGAGAUUCGGCACGAACUUGCUCGCUUGGCCCCGGCUCUCGAGGAAGUGACGCUCCCACGACUGGUAGUCGUGGACUUCGGUCGACCGGCUCAUGUCUUGCUGGAUGAGGAGUCAAAACAGUUGUCGGGCGUCGUGGACUUUAGCAGUGCUUUCUGGGGUGAUUUGUUGAUGGCCGAAAUCUUGGAGAGACCCUCGCAUGCGGCGUUGGAAGGGGCCGGGAUGUCUUUGUCCAAAACCACCAAGGAAGGCGCCCGGGUAUUGUUGUAUGUGGUUCGACUUUCAUGCUUCUUGGAGAGGAUUAACCCAGUCUGCCUAGAUAUACCUGCUACCGAUUGGUUUCCCAAAUCGCCGUUCAAUAUUAUCGCCGCGAUGAAACGAGCGAAUUCGAUGCGCGGAGGCGCCUGA